AUGUCCCAUGAAGAACGCGCGAAAAUAAAUGAUACGAAAGAUAACGAUGGAUACCUGGACAGCGAUUCGGAGAAGAUGGAAAGAAAAUAUAACAAUGAUACGAAGGAAAUCCGAAAUGGACGAGAAAUAAAUGUGAAUGGCGAUAUUAAAGUGAGAAAGGACGAGUUAAUUGAAGGAAAUGAGAAAGAUGAAGAGUCUGCUGGAGAGGAUAUUUGCAGAGAUUUCUUAAAUAAUAUAUGCAGUCGUGGUUCAAGAUGUAAAUUUUAUCAUCCUUUGAAUGUUGUUCGACGAGCAUCACAACAAACACAAGAAAACAUCGAAUAUCAGUUUUGCAUUGAUUAUCAGAAUCGUGGCUGCAAUCGUGAUAAUUGCCGUUAUAUCCAUGCGCAACGGGAGGAUAUUGAGCGUUACAAAAUGACAGGAGAGAUGACGCUUAACAUAGCACGUGAAAUUGCUGCAAUUUAUAAUUGCGAUACUAUCAAUGGGAUACCAUUUUGCAAAGAAUAUCAAAUAGGUUCAUGUUCACGUGGUGGACAGCGGUGUCGCUACUGGCAUAUUAACGUUGAAGAGGAGCGCGAACGACGCCGGCGGGUACCACGUAGCUUGCCAACCUCUUUGUUGCCAUCCUUAGCGCAAGUAUCAAGCUUAGCAUUACCUUACUCUAUCUGCUCCAAUCGUCGUUCCUAUCCGCAUGUUGCUGCUGAUAUAUGUUCUCCAUAUGGCAAGCGUAUGCGCUACGAUCUGGAUGAUGAUUACGUGCGCGAUUUAGAACGUAGGAAUGCAGAGUUAGGUAAAGAAGUUGAAGGGCUUAAACGUGAACUUUCGCGUGAACGUGAGCGUUAUGGCGAUCUCUAUGCAUUAUUUCGUCAGCGCACUGCUAUUAUAACAACGCAGCAAAACCCCAUUAAUGUGACACCUGUCGCCACAGCUUACUACCAAUCUGCGUCAUCAACAUGUUGGACCGAUACGAAAUGGACGCAUUGA